AUGGGCAUCAAGUGUGUGGGCAGGAGUAAUAUUGAUGAGCGGUCUGACAGUGGGGGAUUGGUAAAAAUCUUCAGGAACAAGGAGAGACCUGAGGUUUUGCCAGUGACUACAACGAGGAGGCGUGACAGCAGCUGGCCAUCUCUGCAGAUGCAGCCAAGUGUGGUCGAGCUGAGUGGGGACGGCUGCAGUGUCCCAGCCGCUGAGUGGAGCCGCCUUCAGGUGUGGAAACAGGAGGCAGGCCCCGCUGGCUCAGAGCUUACCCUGCAAGUGGGUCCCGGCCUCGGCGGGCCUGCGGGCCUCUUCGGAGUCCGGGCGGCGCCCAGGGCAGCUAACUCGUGGUUUGUUCCUGUCUCUGAGCAGAUUGAAGAAGGGGGCAAAGCAGACUUGGUGAGCUCCAAACUGCGGGCCGGGGACGAGGUGGUGCACAUCAAUGAGGUCGUGCUGAGCAGCUCCAGACGGGAGGCCGUUUCCCUGGUGAAAGGAUCCUACAAGACCCUCCGGCUGGUGGUCCGCAGAGAUGUGUGUGCAGACCCAGGCCCUGCAGAUACUGACACCUCUGACUCCUUCAGCCAGGAGCACCGCACCUCUGACCCCCAGCCCAGGAAAGCGACAUGGUCAGGAGGAGCUAAGCUUCGGCUGAAGCACAGGCGCAGCGAACCUGCCGGCCGGCCUCACUCUUGGCAUUCAACCAAACUUGCGGAGAACCAGCCCAAUGCCAGCAUGAUGCAAAUAUCUCAGAGCACGAUUGGCACUCCGUGGCCCCAGAGCUACCAUUCCAGCUCCUCUACCAGUGACCUCUCCAACUAUGACCAUGCGUACCUGAGGCGGAGCCCUGACCAGUGCAGCUCCCAGGGGAGCAUGGAGAGUCUGGGGCCCAGUGGGGCGUACCCACCCUGCCACCUUCUCUCCCCGGCCAAGUCCACCAGCAGCAUCGACCAGCUCGGCCACCUCCACAACAAGAGAGACUCGGCUUACAGCUCCUUCUCCACCAGUUCUAGCAUCCUAGAGUAUCCGCCCCCUGGCACCUCGGGCCGGGAGCGUUCAGGCUCCAUGGAUACCACUUCUGCUCGAGGUGGCCUCCCUGAAGGGAUGCGGCAGGCAGACAUUCGCUAUGUCAAGACAGUCUACGAUCCCCAGAGGGGCGUCUCAGCAGAGUAUGAGGUGAACUCUUCAGCGCUGCUUCUCCAAGGUAGGGAGGCCCGCGCUGCAGCAGAUGGCCAGGGCUGCAAUAAAGGGCACAGCGCUCCUCGGGGCAAGGGAGCGCCACCCCCACCCUGGAGCCAACCGUGCCCCAGUCCCUUGGAGACCGCCAUUGACUUGCCUCUUAAAGCGGGCGCGCCUCUGCCGCCAGCUCGGAGUGACAGUUAUGCAGCCUUUCGGCACAGAGAGCGGCCCAACUCUUGGUCUAGUGUUGAUCAGAAACGGCUGUGCCGGCCUCAGGCAAACUCUUCCGGCUGCCUGAAAGCUCCCUUCGUGGAGGAACAGCUGCACACUGUGCUAGAGAAGAGUCCAGAGAGCAGCCCCCCAGUGAAGCCCAAGCAUAAUUACACUCAGAAGGCCCAGCCGGGCCAACCUCUGCUGCCCACCGGCAUCUACCCCGUGCCUUCCCUGGAGCCGCACUUCGCCCAGGUGCCCCCGCCCUCUGCAAGUAGUAACGGCACGCUUUACCCCGCGCUGGCCAAGGAGAGUGGUUACGCGACUCCUCGGGGAGCCUGUGACAAGGUGGCUACCCUGGAUGAGAAUGGAAACCAAAAUGGAUCUAGCAGACCUGGGUUUGCCUUCUACCAGCCCCUAGAACAUGACUCUUUGUCCCCAGUAGAGCGAACACCUGAAAUUUCAGCCAAAUGUGUCCCCUACAAAGUCCAUUUCCUGUCUGUGCCUGAACAUGAGGAGGAUACCUCCCUGAAGAAGCACAUCACACCUCUCCAAGGCAACAGCCCGUAUCCCAGUGAGAGAAAGAGCACCCACAACAACAAAUCAUCUUCUAAUUACCACAGCCGCCAAUCCCCGCAGGGUCAGGCCUGGCAAAUGGGUGAAGACAAGAGAUCUCCCAGGCCCUCAGAGCCUUGGGAGGAUGAUUUCCAGGAAGACCACAAUGCCAACCUCCGGUGGGGGCUGGAGAGAGAAGGCCUAAGUCAGAGCCCGUCAAGCUACUUUGGGAAAACCAAGUCAGCCUUCUCUUCUCUUCAGAACAUUCCUGACAGUCUAAGAAGGCAAAGCAGCCUAGAGCUAGGAGGGAGAGUCCAGGAGGGCCCCCCCAAUGGCUGCCCCACCUGUGUAGUCAACACCAAGGCAGAGGACUCUGGAAGGAAACCUGUUCCAGACCACCGGAGACAUCUGGACAGGCCGGUUUCUUAUCCAAGGCCUGAGGGGAGAGUCAGUGCUUUGGGCUCCUUCCACCUUUCAGACCCAAGGUACGAAGAGCCGCCCUCCCCGCCCCACCAGCAGACAUCCAGUCUGGGCCGGAGGAGGCUCAGCUCCAGCGGCGCUUCAGCUCUGCAGGGCGUUCAGUACGGGAAGCCCCACUGCUCCGUGCUGGAGAAGGUUUCUGAGAUUGAGCAGAGGGAGCAAGGGCGCCAGAGACCCCCAAGUGUGGGCAGCUCCGUUUAUGGCUACAACUACAGGCCCAACAAGAUAGUCUCAACUUCUGGUACUUCCAGGAAUGACUUCGAGGAGACAAAAGCUAAUAGCCGUUUUUGCGAAUCCACUGAGUCCCUAGGCAAUGGAGAACACCACUUCAAAAACGGGGAGCCGAAGCUGGAAGAGGUUUCCCGGCAGCCUUGUGGUCAACAGCUGAAGAGGGGCGCCGAGGGCAGCCGAGGCUCCCCACGCCGAAGCAGCGAGCCCCCGGGCCGGGACGCACGCCUGCUCCGCAGCCAGAGCACCUUUCAGCUCUUCAGCGAGGCCGAGGAGGAUGUCAAGUGGCGGGACAACAGGCCGAACACACCCGAAUCGCCAGUGCUGGACGCCCCCUUCAGUCGCGCCUACCGGAACAGCAUCAAGGACGCGCAAUCCCGCGUCCUGGGGGCCACCUCCUUCCGACGUCGAGACCUCGAGCCUGGGGCGGCUGGGGCUUCCAGGCCCUGGCGCCCACGACCAGCCUCGGCCCACGUGGGGCUGCGGAGCCCAGAGGCCCCAGCAGCCGCCUCCCCGCACACCCCACGGGAGCGGCACAGCGUGACCCCUGCCGAGGGCGACCUGGCCCGGCCUGUGCCCGCUGUUGCCCGCAGGGGACCCCGCCGGCGCCUGACCUCCGAGCAGAAGAAGCGCUCCUACUCAGAGCCUGAGAAGAUGAACGAGGUGGGGGUCUCGGAGGAAGCCGAGCAGGCACCUCUGGGUCCUCAACGGAAGGGACUUCGUUUCCCGGAGAGCACGGUGGCUGACCGGCGCCGCAUCUUCGAACGGGACGGCAAGGCCUGCUCCACGCUCAGUCUAUCAGGGCCUGAGCUGAAGCAGUUCCAGCAGAGCGCCCUGGCCGACUACAUCCAGCGCAAGACCGGCCAGCGGCCCGCCUCCACCACCGGGGGCGGCCUCCAGGAGCCGGGGCCACCGUGGGAGCGUGCGCACGGCCCCCACCUCCCGUCCGGCCCCGCAGCGCCCGAAGGCCCUGGGCUCACCUCAGCUCCCAGCCUCUGCUCGCUGCGGGAGCCGAGCCUGCAGCCCCGCAGAGAGGCCACCCUCCAGCCGCCAUCGGGGGGUAGUGGGGAACUCCUACGUGGGGCCCGAGAUCGCAGUAGCUCCUUUGCUGGAGGCCGCCUCCUCGCAGAAAGGCGACGUGGGGACCAAGCCCCAAGGGAGCUGCUCAGCGGAACUAACAGCAGUGGACCAAAGGGCACCCCAAAGGUGGACAGGACCCCUGGGGAGUCCUCCUCGUGGGGGGCCGCAGCCAGGAGAGCCGGGAAGUCCAUGUCGGCUGAAGACCUGCUAGAGCGCUCCGAUAUCCUGGUGGUCCCUGUCCACGUGAGGUCACGGUCGUCACCCACCACACACAAGAAGCGCCAGGAUGUGCUUUUGGGGGAAAGCAAUGGCUUUGGUCUUGUGAGGGAUCCAUGUCACUUGGCUAGCCCUGGAUCCAGGUCACUCGGUUGUUCAGAAAGAGGUGGAAAAGAGAUGCUACUGCUCAACCACCACCCCAUCCCCAGUCCGGGCGGUUCAGGCUGCAAAGCGGUCGGUGCCUCGGUUCCCAGUGAAUGUCCUGAACUGCUGGAUCACGCGAGGCAGGCCGGCAGAGUGCCCCUCCCCAGGCCACUGCCUGCAGGGCUGCAAGGGCAUCUCACAGACGCCAGGGCUGUGCCCCUGACCCCAGGCAGCUCAGCUCUGCCUUCCCCUGUCCCCUCCAGCUCCUGUGUACAGGCUGCCGGUGAUCAGCCCUACCCCCCAGCAGUGACGCACAGAAGCAACGGCCACAGCCUGGCCCAGCCUCCCAGUCCUAGGGGCCAUGAGCCCCACAGCCCAGAGCAGGGGGCGGAAGAGGGGAUGAGGAAGCGGCCUCCCCCACCCCGGGUGAAGUGGGCCCACGCCGUCAGAGAGAACAGCUUCCCCGAGGAAUCUCCCUCCCUCGAGCUGGCAAACCUGAAGCACUACAAGAAACAGCAGAAUCUUCCGAGUUCAAGCAGCACUUCCGACCCAGACACACCUCUUGGGGUCCCAAGCACCCCAGGGAGGAUCUCCCUCCGAAUAUCUGAGUCAGUCCUGCAGGCCUCCCCACCGCCUCGGGAGGACUAUGACGACGAAGUGUUUAUGAAGGACUUGCAACCCCAUGCCACUUCCAGCCCCACAUUUGAAGCUCUUCCCCCACCUCCACCGCCUCCACCGAGCCAGGAAACCCUGGUCAAUAGUUCAGACGACUUUCCCCCACCUCCUCCCCAAGCUCUGUGUGAGGCACAGCCGGACAGUGAGGAUUACAAGGAGCUUCAUACCAGUAGCUCCAGCAAAUCUGCCAACAUGACAGUUGCCAAGGAAAGGCCCAUACCUGGCGCAGCCCAUUUGGUUGGUAGUCACGUACUAGCUUCCAGAUGCCAAACUUCUAUCCAGGGUUCAGAAGCCAACGAGACCAGUCCGCUGUCUGCCAUGGGGGCUCUGCCCCAGCAUGCCGGGCCCCUCGCCUGGCAGCCAAGCCCAGGAAAGCCACCUCCCAUCCUGACCCAAGGCGGCGACUAUGAUCUAAUCAGCGGGGCUCAGGAUUUAGAAAACAAUGCCACUUCUGGUCCUCAGAAGACCUCAGAUGACAUCAGAACACAGGCUCUGGCCAAGGAAAUUGUCCAUCAAGACAAAUCUCUGGCAGACAUUUUGGAUCCCGACUCCAGAAUGAAGACAACUAUGGACCUGAUGGAAGGUUUGUUUCCCCGAGAUGUUAACUUGCUGCAGGAAAACGGCAUGAAGAAGAAGGCCAUGCAGAGAACUGUCAGCUGCCCAGGAUAUGAAGGCAAGAGGAGUGAAGAUAAGGAAGCAGUGGGCAUCCUGGUCAACUGCCCUGCCUACUACAGUGUGUCUGCUCCCAAGGCAGAACUGCUGAAUAAGAUCAAAGAGAUGCCAGCAGAGAUGAAUGAGGAAGAGGAGCAGGUGGAUGUCAACGAAAAGAAGGCCGAGCUGAUUGGAAGUCUCACCCACAAGCUGGAGACUCUCCAGGAAGCGAAGGGGAGUCUGCUAAUGGACAUCAAGCUCAAUAACGCCUUGGGAGAAGAGGUGGAGGCUUUGAUCAGUGAGCUCUGCAAGCCCAAUGAGUUUGACAAGUACAAGAUGUUCAUCGGGGACUUGGACAAGGUGGUAAACCUGCUGCUCUCUCUCUCGGGGCGCCUGGCCCGCGUGGAGAAUGUCCUUAGUGCCCUCGGUGAAGAUGCCAGCAAUGAAGAAAGGAGCUCGCUCAACGAGAAGAGGAAGGUCCUGGCGGGGCAGCAUGAGGACGCCCGGGAGCUCAAGGAGAACCUGGACCGAAGGGAACGCGUGGUCUUGGACAUCCUGGCCAAUUACCUUUCAGAGGAACAACUCCAGGAUUACCAGCAUUUUGUGAAAAUGAAGUCAACUCUCCUCAUUGAGCAGCGAAAGCUGGACGACAAGAUCAAACUGGGCCAGGAGCAAGUCAAGUGCCUGCUGGAGAGUCUCCCCUCGGAUUUCGUUCCCAAGGCCGGGGCCCUGGCCCUGCCCGCGGACCUCACCGGGGAGAUGACUCCUGCCGGCGGAUGCCCUCUCAGUGCUGUCCUCCCCGCGUUAGCCUCUCCGCUCUAACCUCUUCUCAGACACCUGACCAAAACAUCGCCCUUUCAACACUAUUUAAUCUGAAAAAUGUUUCAACACAAACCACUGUUUAAACUCUAUGGGUUUUAGGGGGUUUUCUGGAUAAAAGGAAAAGAUUCUAUCCAGGAAAAAACCUGGUUUUUUUCUCCUCACCCUUCAUGAUAGAUCGAGAGCUUGAAUGCUGCUGGGAACUUAUCCCUUUCUAUUACUACUUUGUAAUAGAAAAUUAAUGAAACUGAGAGAACUGACUGGAGGGUGUUUGAUUAGUUUCCAACAGGCUGAGUCAACAGAGAUCAGUGUGUGUCCCCUCAGGAAUGUAUCCACAGUGGCCUUCCUACUGUGAGCAGUGUAUCCUGACAAUAGGUACAAGUACUAUUAAUGAAGGGUCUGCAACAUAAAGCCUUAAAGAGACACACACACAGAAGAAAACUAAAACCCUGAACAUUGCUAUUAUUUAUAUUUUUAAAAAUGAACAGGAUCAUUAUGUUUGUGUGCUAACCACUCAUUUGAUUCUAUUUUGUGGGGGACGUAGACAAUUAUGU